AUGUUAACUGCAAGCACAUUGGAUCCCGGAGGUCAUAUACUUCCGUUGGCGUAUGCGAUAGUAGAUUCUGAAAAUGAUGCUUCAUGGACAUGGUUCUUUGAGCAAUUUAGAGAAGCAUAUGGAGUUAGACAAAAUAUGUGUUUUAUGUCAGACAGAAAUGAAAGCAUAUGGAAAGGGACAACAAAUGUAUAUCCUGAAUCAGAACAUUAUGCAUGCAUAUGGCAUUUAUCAGUCAAUGUUUUGAAGAAUUUCAAUAGAAAUACUGAAGAUUUGAAGAUGUUGUUCUUUUCAUUGGCAAAAGCUUAUACAAAACAACAGUUUGAGACAAUUAUGGGAAAAAUAGAUCAGAUAGAUACGCGAAUACGACCAUACUUGUUUGAUAUUGGUUAUAGCAAAUGGUCAAGAUCUUACUCGAAUUGUAAGCGCACAUGGACGAUGACUUCAAACAUCGCGGAGUCAUUGAAUAAUGUUAACAUAUUAGCACGGAGGUUACCAGUGAUUUCACUUCUUGAGUUUAUGAGGGUGACAAUUCAGAGGUGGAUUCACAAGCAUAAUGAGGAGGCUGAUAAGACUACAUCUAAUUUGACAAAAAAAUAUGAUGUUUAUCUACAGAAAAUUAUUACGUUGUCGUGCAAUAUGAGGGUGAUACCUUCAACUGUUGAUCUGCACGCUGUAGCUGAAGGAGCAAAGAAAUACAUAGAAGUUCCAUGA